CUGCCGGCUUAGCAACAACGAGCGAUUGCCGGUUGCAGUGAGGAAGGUAGUAGUUGUAUAAAGUGAUUUAGACCUGUUAGUUAACAGAGAGCGAACUGCUCUUCAAUCUUGUGAUAUUAAUUUUUAAGUGCAAAUAGAGAACAUUACAAAAAUCAUGGAAGUUUUAAGUUUCGAGAAUGUCGAUUACAAUAAAGGGAACGUUUGGGUUUAUGAUUACGACUCCAGUUACGAGGAAGAUUAUGGGACUACUGCUGUUAAUGCGCUGUCCCAAAGGCUGGAGCAGGAGCUUAGGGCCGCUAAACGAUCUCAUUUCUCAUGUGGGGAGGUUCUGUUGCCCUGUGGCUUGCUCCAGACCAUUUCUCAGGACAUACUCUCGUUGGCAGACAAAGAGCCUUGCGGCCUGAGGGGUUGCACUCUCUACCUGAACUUCGAGGGCGAAGAAGAUUGUCGGAGACUCAGCACGGUCCGAUGCGAUCCAACAACAGCAUCGACCUUCGAGCUCUAUCUCACCCUUAAACAGUCUUCUACCAAAUGGAACUCCUUCUUGCCUCAGUUUCUCAAAAAGAUAACCAGAGGUGGGACUGUGGUCAUCAGUUCAGAGUACGAGUUACAAAAGAAGAAGUUGUACCGUUCCUACAUGGAUACGGACUAAGUCUUUUCGAGAUCUUAAACUAAAAGACUGAGCACAAAUACAAAUAUACAUAUAUAUAUAACAUAGAGUAUAAAAAUACAUAUUAAUAUUUACAAUUUAUCAAUAUUAUAACUACGUCGACAUACAAAUUCGAAGCUUUCAUUAGUUUUUUACUGAUCUAUAACGUUAGGUGUAGUAAGGAUUUAAUGAUAAGGAUAAGGAUCUAAAAAGCGAUGCGUGAUUACAAUGUAGAUUAUAAUAAUUAACAUUUAAAUGUAAAUCAGUAUUUUUGGAACCUUGAUUCAUCAAGGUUCUCGAUCUUAUACUUUCGAUGGAUUUUAUAAGUCCGUGAUAAUUUAGAUAUGUAGUUCGCUGUUACUUGUAAGAAUUAAUGUUGCUAUCCACUUUUCUACUUACAAUAAUGUAUCUCUCCUGUCGGAAACUCAGUAUGAACCCAUUUCCACUUCUUCCUUCGUACCUGUACUUAAUCAAUCGAUCAACAACUUUCAAUCAAUUAUAAAUUGGUACCAGCAGAACAGGUCAGAUCUUCAGUUCAAUAAUAUUGCUCUUUUUCAAUGUCUUUUUGCCAGUACCUACCUACUAUAACUACAGUCGCCCUUGUUUGUUUUCUAAUUGCUAAUUAUUUUUACUUCCACUUUGUGAUAUUAAAUUGAAGGUCUGGUGUUAAACAAGACCGUUGUGAUUUAAGUUGAAUAUGUAGUAAUAAAUGAAAAGAUGUGCUGUCAGAUUCAUUGAUGAUUUUAUGAAUUAUAUUAAGAGGCUAAAC